CGGGCGCCGCUCCGGCCCCUCCGGCCCCUCGGUCCCCUGGCCGCGGCCGGGGCUGUGAGUAGGGCCUGCACAGACAUGAGGCAUCUAUUAACAAGCUAAAAGUGACAGAACCAUGGCUCAGUUUCCAACACCUUUUGGGGGCAACCUGGAUAUCUGGGCUAUUACUGUGGAGGAGAGAGCGAAGCAUGAUCAACAGUUCCAUAGUCUGAAACCAACUGCUGGAUUUAUCACUGGUGAUCAAGCCAGGAACUUUUUUUUCCAAUCUGGGUUACCUCAGCCAGUGCUAGCACAGAUAUGGGCUCUAGCUGACAUGAACAAUGAUGGGAGGAUGGAUCCCUUGGAGUUUUCCAUAGCUAUGAAACUCAUCAAGCUGAAGCUCCAGGGGUAUCAGCUCCCGGCCACGCUGCCGCCCGUCAUGAAGCAGCCACCCCUCGCCCUGCCCGGUGCCCCAGGAUUUGGUCUCGGGGGCAUUGCCAACAUGCCAUCCCUCUCCACUGUGGCCCCAGUGCCCAUGGCAUCCAUCCCAGUCGUGGGGAUGUCCCCCCCACUGGUGUCCUCUGUCCCCGCCGCCGUCCCUCCCCUGGCUAACGGAGCUCCUGCUGUCAUCCAGCCCCUGCCUGCUUUCGCUCACCCCGCCACUUUGCCAAAGAGUUCUUCCUUCAGCCGCUCCGGGCCGGGAGCUCAGCUCAAUGCAAAGCUGCAAAAGGCACAAUCCUUCGACGUGGCCAGCUCUCCUGCCGUGGCAGAGUGGGCUGUGCCUCAGUCCUCACGGCUCAAGUACCGGCAGCUCUUCAACAGCCACGACAAAACCAUGAGUGGACACUUGACAGGUCCCCAAGCAAGAACGAUUCUUAUGCAGUCAAGUUUACCCCAGGCUCAGCUGGCUACAAUAUGGAAUCUCUCUGACAUUGAUCAAGAUGGGAAGCUGACAGCUGAGGAGUUUAUCCUGGCUAUGCACCUCAUUGAUGUAGCAAUGUCUGGUCAGCCACUGCCACCUGCCCUGCCCCCUGAGUACAUCCCACCUUCCUUCAGAAGAGUCCGCUCUGGCAGUGGAGUUUCUGCUGCCAGUUCAGUGUCUGUAGACCAAAGGUUACCAGAAGAACCAGCACUGGAAGAAGAACAGCAGCAACUGGAAAAGAAAUUGCCAGUGACGUUUGAGGACAAGAAACGGGAGAACUUUGAGCGGGGUAACCUGGAGCUGGAGAAGCGCAGGCAGGCACUGCUGGAGCAGCAGCGCAAGGAGCAGGAGCGGCUGGCCCAGCUGGAGAGGGCCGAGCAGGAGAGGAAGGAGCGCGAGCGACAGGAGCAGGAGCGCAAGCGGCAGCUGGAGCUGGAGAAGCAGCUGGAGAAACAGCGGGAGCUGGAGCGGCAGCGCGAGGAGGAGAGGAGGAAGGAAAUUGAGAGGAGAGAGGCUGCCAAACGGGAGCUGGAGAGGCAGAGGCAGCUGGAGUGGGAGCGCAACCGACGGCAGGAGCUGCUGAACCAGAGGAACAAGGAGCAGGAGGACAUCGUGGUGCUGAAGGCAAAGAAGAAAACCCUGGAAUUUGAACUGGAAGCUCUUAAUGAUAAGAGAAAUCAGUUGGAGGGGAAGCUUCAGGAUAUCAGGUGUCGGCUGUCGACCCAAAGACAAGAAAUUGAAAGUACAAAUAAAUCCAGAGAGCUCAGAAUUGCAGAAAUCACCCAUUUGCAGCAGCAGCUACAGGAGUCCCAGCAGAUGCUGGGCAGGCUGAUUCCAGAGAAGCAGCUCCUGAAUGAUCAGCUCAAGCAAGUCCAGCAGAACAGUUUGCACAGGGAUUCCCUUCUCACCAUCAAAAGAGCCUUGGAAGCCAAGGAACUGGCACGGCAGCAGCUCCGGGACCAGCUGGAUGAGGUGGAGAAAGAAACCAGAUCUAAACUGCAGGAAAUUGAUAUUUUCAAUAAUCAGCUGAAGGAGCUGAGAGAAAUCCAUAACAAACAGCAGCUCCAGAAGCAGAAGAGCUUGGAAGCUGAGAGGUUGAAACAGAAGGAACAGGAAAGGAAGACAGUGGAGCUGGAAAAGCAAAAAGAAGCUCAGAGGCGGGUCCAGGACAAACCGCGGCCAGAGCGGGGACAGCCGGAGGAAGAAGCACAGUGGCAAAAAAAAAUCCCAGAAGAUGACAAACAAAAAAGGGAAGAACUCCCCAGGAAGAAGGAAAGUGAGGAUAAGGGGAAACAGGAAAUGCAGGAGAAGCUGAGUAAACUCUUCCAGCCCCACCAGGAGCCGAACAAGCCCGGCCAGGCUCCGUGGUCCAACGCAGAGAAAGCUCCUCUAACCAUUUCUGCUCAGGAGGAUGUAAAAAUAGUGUAUUAUAGAGCUCUGUAUCCUUUUGAAUCCAGAAGCCACGAUGAGAUCACCAUCCAGCCUGGAGACAUCGUCAUGGUGGAUGAAAGCCAGACUGGAGAGCCAGGGUGGCUUGGUGGAGAGCUGAAGGGGAAAACUGGAUGGUUCCCUGCGAACUACGCAGAGAAAAUUCCAGACAGUGAAGUUCCAACCUCUGCCAAGCCCGCGGCCGAGCCCUCUGCAGCUCCCAAAGUGUCUGUGCAGGAAAGCUCCACUGCCCUGGCAGCUCCUGCCCCUCCAGAGGCUCCUGCAGCAGCCAACAACUGGGCAGACUUCAGCUCCACCUGGCCAACAAACACCAGUGAGAAGCCAGAGAGUGAUAACUGGGAUGCCUGGGCAGCUCAGCCUUCCCUGACCGUGCCCAGCGCGGGGCAGCUCCGGCAGCGCUCGGCCUUCACUCCUGCCACCGUCACAGGCUCGUCCCCCUCGCCUGUCCUGGGCCAGGGUGAAAAAGUGGAGGGGCUUCAAGCACAAGCUCUGUAUCCUUGGAGAGCAAAGAAGGACAACCACCUGAACUUCAACAAGAACGAUGUGAUCACAGUGCUGGAGCAGCAGGACAUGUGGUGGUUUGGGGAGGUGCAGGGACAGAAGGGCUGGUUUCCCAAAUCCUACGUCAAGCUCAUUUCAGGCCCCAUUAGGAAAUCCACGAGCAUGGAUUCUGGUUCCUCAGAAAGUCCUGCUAGUCUGAAAAGAGUAGCAUCCCCAGCAGCCAAGGCAGCGAUGUCAGGGGAAGAGUACAUUGCCAUGUACACCUACGAGAGCUCGGAGCAGGGAGACCUCACUUUCCAACAAGGUGACCUGAUCCUGGUGACAAAGAAAGAUGGUGACUGGUGGACGGGAACGCUGGGUGAUAAAUCAGGAGUUUUCCCAUCUAAUUAUGUGAGACUCAAAGAUUCUGAGGCUCCAGGAGCAGCUGGGAAAACGGGAAGCUUAGGGAAGAAACCUGAAAUUGCCCAAGUUAUUGCCUCUUACACAGCAACAGGCCCAGAACAGCUGACUCUUGCUCCUGGCCAGUUGAUCCUCAUCAGAAAGAAGAAUCCAGGUGGUUGGUGGGAAGGAGAGCUCCAAGCGCGGGGCAAGAAGCGCCAGAUCGGCUGGUUCCCGGCCAACUACGUCAAACUGCUGAGCCCUGGCACCAGCAAGAGCACCCCCACCGAGCUGCCCAGGCCUGCAGCAGCCUCAGUGUGCCAGGUGAUCGGAAUGUACGACUACAGCGCGCAGAACGACGACGAGCUGGCCUUCAACAAGGGCCAGAUCAUCACCGUGCUCAACAGGGAGGACCCCGACUGGUGGAAGGGGGAGGUCAACGGCCACGUGGGGCUCUUCCCAUCCAACUACGUGAAGCUGACCACGGACACGGACCCGAGCCAGCAGUGGUGUGCAGACCUGCACCUGCUGGACAUGCUGACCCCCACCGAGAGGAAGAGGCAGGGCUACAUCCACGAGCUCAUCGUCACCGAGGAGAACUACGUCAAUGACCUGCAGCUGGUGACAGAGAUCUUCCAGAAACCACUGAUGGAGUCUGAGCUGGUCACAGAAAAAGAAGUUGCCAUGAUUUUUGUUAACUGGAAGGAGCUGAUAAUGUGCAAUAUUAAACUACUGAAGGCCCUGCGUGUGAGGAAGAAGAUGUCUGGGGAGAAGAUGCCGGUGAAGAUGAUCGGGGACAUCCUGACAGCGCAGCUGCCCCACAUGCAGCCCUACAUCAGGUUCUGCAGCUGCCAGCUCAACGGGGCCGCCCUCAUCCAGCAGAAAACGGAUGAAGUGCCCGACUUCAAGGAGUUUGUCAAGAGGUUAGCAAUGGAUCCUCGCUGUAAAGGAAUGCCACUAUCAAGUUUUCUACUAAAGCCUAUGCAACGGGUAACCAGAUACCCACUAAUAAUUAAAAAUAUAAUAGAGAACACCCCUGAGAACCACCCUGACCACAGCCACCUGAAGCACGCCCUGGAGAAGGCGGAGGAGCUGUGCUCGCAGGUGAACGAGGGCGUGCGGGAGAAGGAGAACUCGGACAGGCUGGAGUGGAUCCAGGCCCACGUGCAGUGCGAGGGGCUCUCCGAGCAACUCGUUUUUAAUUCAGUUACAAACUGCUUGGGACCACGCAAGUUCCUGCACAGUGGGAAGCUCUAUAAAGCCAAGAGUAACAAGGAGCUGUAUGGUUUUCUCUUCAACGACUUCCUCCUCCUCACUCAGAUCAUAAAACCUCUUGGCUCUUCUGGCACAGACAAGGUCUUCAGCCCCAAGUCCAACCUGCAAUACAAAAUGUACAAAACUCCCAUUUUCCUAAACGAGGUACUGGUAAAAUUACCCACAGACCCUUCUGGAGAUGAGCCCAUCUUCCACAUCUCCCACAUUGACAGAGUCUACACGCUCCGGGCCGAAAGCAUUAAUGAAAGGACUGCCUGGGUCCAGAAGAUCAAAGCUGCUUCAGAACUUUACAUAGAGACUGAGAAGAAGAAGAGGGAAAAGGCCUACUUAGUUCGCUCUCAGAGAGCAACAGGCAUCGGGAGGCUGAUGGUGAACGUUGUUGAAGGCAUUGAACUGAAGCCCUGCAGGUCCCAUGGAAAGAGCAACCCCUACUGUGAGGUGACCAUGGGCUCUCAGUGCCACAUCACCAAGACCAUCCAGGACACCCUCAAUCCCAAGUGGAAUUCCAACUGCCAGUUCUUUAUCAAGGACCUGGAGCAGGACGUGCUGUGCAUCACGGUGUUCGAGCGGGACCAGUUCUCCCCGGAUGACUUUUUGGGCAGGACAGAGAUCCGUGUGGCAGACAUCAAGAAGGAUCAGGGUUCCAAGGGACCAGUUACGAAGUGUCUCCUCCUGCACGAAGUCCCCACGGGAGAGAUCGUGGUGCGCCUGGACCUGCAGCUGUUCGAUGAGCCUUAGGAGAGAGGGGCCGGUAUCGGAAUUCAGCCAGAGGUCACUGCAGGAGGUGUCUGCAGAAGCUGUCACUGAGUCCUUGCUGGUGUGGCAUGAAACUACUGCUCGCCCUUCACACGUCAGAGGGUUAUCAAAGCAAACAGGAGCAUCUUUGUGCCUUGAUAAUUCUCACUGAACACAUGAAUCCCAAUUUGGUGAGGAGAUCUCUGUCAAUCUCUCUGUGUGGAACUUGGCGUUGCUUUCCUGGGCUGGUGAAACAAUCCUGUUGUUCCCUGUUGUGCCGCAGUCGGGAGGGCUGGCAAACCACAUGGGUGGCUCUGCUUGCUCCAGUUGCCCUGCUCUUUAAUUCCCAUGGAGGAGGCAGUGUGGGUGUGUUUUGGAGGCUUUCUGAGGGUUUUCCCCCUUCAGGAGUUCUGUGCCUAUUGCUCAGCAGAGUGGUGUGUAAAUGUGAGUGAAUGGAAGGAGCGGUCCGCAGCAAGAUCUGCAAAAGAUCUUCACGACGGUACUGAAAAGACUUAGAAAAUAAAUAGUCUAUAUCUAUAAACAGAGAAGAUUCUAUUAACAUACCACUUCAUGACUCGUGUUGCCCCUGAAAAUAGAAGAUGUCCAGGCCUUCUGCACAGAGGUGAAUGGCGCUCCAACCCCCGGUCCCUUUGGGAGUCGCUGCUGUCCCCAGGAGUGUCCGUGCUGGGGCAGGGAGCCGAGGGUGAGGCCCAGAGCCCUGCUGGGUGCCGUGUGUGACUCCUGGCUGCUGCUGCUCCAAGGGCCAGCGGCACCUGCCCUGAGGGAGAAGAAACCAGCUCCGUGGUCAUGGCUCCAGCGAAGUUCCAGCCUGCAGAGCCGGGUGUGCAGGGCAGUCUGUGGUGCCCAGGCAGGGAGCUGAGCCCUGCUCACCUUGUGCAGCCCCGUCCUGCAGCUCCCCAGGGAACCCAAAGCCAUCGGGGGAAUGCCAGGGCUCUCCAUCCUUUUCACCCCAUGGAUAACAAGGUCCAGGCCCACAUCCCUGUUUGGCAAAGCUCCCGGCUCCAGGCGGGCACCGACGUCUGUGUGAGUGCUCUGCUGAGUCCGGACUCGGGGGACAAAAGAUCCCUGAGAGUCAAAUUCCUCUUUGUUCUGCUUGGAUUCCUUUUGUUCAUGCCCUGCCACGCAUCCACUGGUAUUUUUGUAAGGACUUCAUUCCGGAUGGGAGGUGCCGGCCCGUGUCAUUCGCAUGUGAACGUUCUCGUGGAGCUGUUGUUAGGUUUCGGUGUUCCUUGCAUGUCCUUUCAGUACUGGUUCCCACCUCUCCUGUGUCGGCGGUGUUCUCUAGCACUCCAAGUCUUAUUGGUUUCCAUUAGGAAAUUAGGAUAUAUCCAUAACAGGUAGGUAGAUCAGUAUGGUAAUAAGUGUAAACUGUGCUGGGAAGUGUCUGUGUAUUAUAAUUUCCUAAAAGACCACUGUAAUGUUUCAAGCAAUGGGAAGGAAAAAAAAUGUAUGUUGGAGGGACAACAAAGUUUACAUUUCAUACUUUUCAGAAUCGCUUUAUUAUUUAUUUAUUGAAGAUAGUGUAGAAUUUUGUAUCAGAAAUGACAGACAUACUUAUGUAUUUUUUGAAACAAAACAGAGAUACACACUUUAGUUAGAAACUUUCAACUGACCACAUUUUAGAGGGAGUGUGACUUCCUAGGCAUGCAUUUGUUUACCACUAACUGGCUGAAAACACAGUUAAGAAAACUUUAAGUUUCUAUUUUUCAAUGUUGUUAAGAAAAUUGUUUCAAUCAAAAUAUGUAAAUAGUACUAAACCCAUGCUUUCCUAAUUCCAUAUCAAUACAUUUUAUUAAAUAUAAUGUAUAUGAAAAUACACAUUGUUGUGGUAGGAUAAAAAAAAGUGAUAAAAUCUAUUACUGGAGUACCAUUAAAUGUCAUUGUCUAACCUUUUAUUGCUGUCCUAAUUUUACUCAGAGCUGCCAGCAGGGUGAACAUUCAUUUCAGGGUUUCACAAGUAGCAUCACUUUUUUAAUAGUGUCAUUUCACCAGCAUCAGUUACAGUGACGGCUGAACUGGCCAAAAGGACAAAAAAAUCUCGUGUCUGGAACGCAGGAACCUUGGGCAGGGUUUUGGAGGGAGCCCCAAGGAGCUGAGGCUCAUUUGGUGCUGCAGGUGGGGGACCUUUCCCUCAGGUUGAGCCAUGUCAUGGGCAUCACAGAAUCCCAGAUUGGGUUGGGCUGGAGGGGCCUCAGAGCCCACCCAUUCCCAGC